CGGCUGCAGAGCACGCCGUUGCGUGAGGUGCUUGUCGUCCGCCGGGCAGGCCUGUGGUGAAGCGACGCCUCCCGCUCCCGUCCCGCUCCGCCCGCAGUUUUCAGUUGACCAAAGAAAUGGUGAUGGAGAAGCCAAGUCCCCUGCUGGUCGGGCGGGAAUUUGUGAGGCAGUACUAUACUCUGCUGAACCAAGCACCUGACUAUUUGCACAGGUUUUAUGGAAAGAACUCUUCCUAUGUCCAUGGUGGCUUGGAUUCUAAUGGAAAACCAGCUGAUGCAGUCUAUGGGCAAUCUGAUAUCCACAAGAAGGUGCUGUCGUUAAACUUCAAGGAUUGCCACACAAAGAUUCGCCAUGUGGAUGCCCAUGCCACCCUCAACGAUGGUGUUGUAGUCCAGGUGAUGGGAGAGCUCUCCAAUAACAUGCAGCCUGUGCGCAGGUUCAUGCAGACAUUUGUACUUGCACCAGAGGGUUCUGUUGCAAACAAGUUUUAUGUCCACAAUGAUAUCUUCCGCUACCAAGAUGAGGUUUUUGGUGACUCUGAUACUGAGCCUCCAGAGGAAUCAGAGGAGGAAGGGGAGGAACCUGAGGAAAGACAGCAGACACCUGAGGCUGUUCCUGAUGAUACUGGUGCUUAUUAUGAGCAGACUGUCAGCAAUGACAUUGAGGAACACCUUGAAGAGACAGCUGCAGAGGCAGAGCCUGAGCCAGAGCCAGAACCGGAACAGGAACCUGAACCAGAGGUGCAGGAGGAAAAAUCUGAGCCGGUAUUAGAGGAGUCAGCUCCAGAAGAGACUGUGGAAAAGAGUCCUUCUCCAGCUCCUGCUGAUCCAGCUCCUGCAGUGCAAGAGGACUCUCGGACAUUUUCCUGGGCAUCAGUAACCAGUAAGAACCUCCCACCCAGUGGAGCUGUUCCAGUUUCUGGAAUACCACCUCAUGUUGUGAAAGUACCAGUCUCACAGCCCCGCCCUGAGGCAAAGCCUGAAUCUCAGACUCCACCUCAGAGACCUCAGAGGGAUCAGCGUGUGAGGGAGCAGCGAACAAGCAUCCCACCACAGAGGGGUCCUAGACCAAUUCGUGAGGGUGAACAAGGAGAUGUGGAAACUCGCCGGAUUGUGAGAUACCCUGACAGUCAGCAGCUGUUUGUUGGGAACCUUCCCCACGAUGUGGAUAAAUCUGAACUGAAAGACUUUUUCCAAAAACUUGGCUUUUCUCUUGCAGGCUAUGGCAAUGUUGUUGAACUCCGCAUCAACAGUGGUGGAAAGCUCCCCAAUUUUGGGUUUGUGGUGUUUGAUGAUCCUGAACCAGUUCAGAAGAUCCUUAGCAGCAGGCCCAUCAUGUUCAGGGGAGAUGUGCGCCUGAACGUGGAGGAGAAGAAAACACGGGCUGCCAGGGAGGGUGACCGCAGAGAUAACAGACCACGUGGACCUGGAGGCACUCGUGGGGGGCUGGGAGGUGGGAUUCGAGGGCCUCCACGUGGAGGAAUGUCCCAGAAGCCAGGAUUUGGAGCUGGAAGGGGGAUCGGGCAACGCCAGUGAAUGCAUCACGGAUGUUGACAUGGUGGCGCAAACCCUUUUUUCCUGCAGAUUUGUGAAUUUCAGCCUUGGGUAUCUUGGAAUGUGGCCCUAGCCUGUUAUAGACUGCUACGUUUGAUACUAUUUUGGCCCUUUUUCGUUUGUGUUUAUGGUUUUGUGAUUUUUUUUUUUUCUAGUCCUUGUCCCAGAUUCCAGCUUUGUGGAACAACGUUUUAGGAAAAGUGGAUUUUCAAAAGAACUGAAUUUUCUUGUUCACCUCAAACUUAACGGACUGGAGUUUUUUGGUACCAGUGGUUUUUCCUAAAGGAAUGUCUCUAAUUUUUUUCUUCCCUCUUAACCUCCCCCCACCCUCCCUCCUUUCUACUGAAUUUGGGUGCAUUUCAGUCAGUGGAAUGAUAUUUCACGUGCAUGCGUUCAGGAGCCUGUAGGAAAACAUAGUACUUUGGCAAGUAUUUCAAGGGCAGGAAAGACCUGUUUGAUAUAUUUUGAAGGUCAUCUGAACAUCCUUUGGUCUGGAGACGUUGCCACUUGAAAAAUUGACGUUGACCUUUCUCUUUGUGGGCGCUGUAAAAGUGGAAUAAUGGGUAUCUGUAGAAUCUCUUUUCAUUUCUUUUUGAUACGUGAUCACGGAAAGGAAUUGGAACUACUGUUUUACCACUUCAAACAUAUUUUUCCUUGGAUCGUGGGAUAGGUUUUAAAUGUCUAGAACUUGACUCUUUCAAACACUUUUCCUGAACUUGUGAAAAUUUUUUUAUUGAAAUAGGGAGGUUUUGGUUUGGUUUUUUUUUUCAUGUUUAGUUUGUAUUUGUAUAAAAAAAAAAAAAAACAACAAAAAGAACAAAAAAGAAGAAAAAAAGAGGAAAAAAAGCAAAAAAAAAAAAAAAAAAGCAAAAUUGUUGUGCCUUCUAUUUAUCUCUCAUUCCAGUCUUGGCAAAUUGUUUAAAUAAAAAAGGUCUAGAUUUGCUUUAUCAAGUCCAAGAGUAUGUUGGAGUUUUUCCAAGGGAAAAUUGGUACUUCCUUCAGUCACUAGAUUUUAGUAGGUUAGAACUGAAGUUUUUUUGUGUCUUCUGUUCCUGAGUUUGGCUGCGUUGAAGUAAUUGAAAAUGAGAACUUUUUGGAUGCAGAUUCUAACAACUUUGAGGCUGGGCAGGCCCCAUUACAAAUGUUGCAAAAGUACAACCAAAGUAGAAGUACCUCGGGUGCAUCCUUUUAUGGUUUAAACUACUGUGUGAAAUAGUUCUUUAGGCAUUAAUGUCAUCCCCUGCUUCUGCCAGACCUGAAAGGGAAGGAUGGCUUUUGUCGGAAGUACGGAGGCUGCCUUGUCUGUCCUGUUGUUCAGAAAGAUGUUGAAUGCUCCUUGCUGCCUCAGAAAGAUGUUGAAUGUUCUCUGCUGCCUCUGAAUGAGGGUGAAACUGAAAAUAAAAUACAAAACUGGGUAAUUUCAGAGAUCUUAUGAGGUUGUACUGCGUGAAGCACCAUUACUUCUGUAAUAUGUGAGGUUAAGCAUCUGGAUGAAAAGAACAGUUUUGAGUCUACAACAGACCUUCAGAUCUCUUGGUAACACAAAAGAGCUGCUUAGUAAGUUUGAUUAUCUGUCUCAGAGUUCAUUGUUUCCAUGUUUUUCUUGAUGAAUUAAUAUAAUCACUGUGCAUAUGCAAUAUCUCUCUUGACCUUUGCUUGCUUUAAAACUGGAGCAAAGCUGCCCUCGCCCAAAGGGCAGAUGGGUAUUACCUGUUCCAGAACAGUAACUGUUUGCCUUCUGCUUGCCAAACUUAGUGGUUGAACGUGGUUGCACUAAACGUCAGUAGAGUUUUGGGUUCUGUUUUGUUUCAUCUUUAGAGUUCUUGUGCUACGUCUUUGUUCCGUCUUUAGGAGUGUUUCUCACACUUGACUCGCUUGCAAUCUGUUCCUGAAGACUUAAACAUCUUGAUGAAUUGAAUUGGAGGAGGGCAGUGUCUGUGGAAUGCUCUCACAACCAGCGUGCUGGGAGUACAGACUGCUUCCUCUUGUGGUGGUUACUGGUACUUUUCGUUUCGAAAAACAAAAGCUUUCUGCGUUUUUCAUAUGGGGGUUGACUGAGAUGAAGGUGUGCAUGGAAGUCUUCCACUGAGCUCUGUCCUUGUUGCUCUCCAUACUGUUUUUUUCUUAUUUGUCGAGUUUUGGAUGUUAAAUCUCAGACUGCAGUAACAGAUUUUGCUUCAGACUUAUCAAAGUGCUAUUAAUAGAAGCAUUUAUAGCUCUUAACCAAGUCUGCAGGAGCACCUGUAAGCCCGAAACAGUUUUCUGUAGUGGGAGUUGGACAGUUCUUGGCUUAUUGUGUGGUUUGAAAGGGCUGAGGAACGUCGGUGAAGAAUUCAAAAGCCUAUAAGGUGAAGUGUGUGCUUGUUUUUCGUUUGAAUCAUACUCUGUUCACCCAGAAAGUGAUGUUCUUGUCCAAGAUGACAGGCGAAAUAAAGUAUUUACAUAAAGUUUUCUUGAAA